GAGAGAGAGAGAGAGAGAGAGAGAGAGAGAGAGAGAGAGAGAGAGAGAGAGAGAGAGAGAGAGAGAGAGGAAGUUGUAAAGGUUUGACUGUACCAUGCCCGAGUUAGCCAAGGAGUCCUACAUUCAUUGACAAUGGAUUUUGUCUACAAAGAGAGCAGUGUAAGGAAGGUGACUUCUAGAAGGAAGAAACGGACGGAUGGAGGCAGAGAUGGAGGGAGGAAUGUAGAGCCUUCAAGAGGGAGAAGCCGGUCACCCAAGAAUCUAGAGCCUUCAAGAGGGGGAAGCCGGUCACCCAAGAAUCUAGAGCCUUCAAGAGGGAGAAGCCGGUCACCCAAGGAGAAAGGACCAAGAGAACUAAAGGUGAGGACACGUGAAAAGAUUACAGAGGGGCCAAGCAGGAAGCCAGAAUCACCACUUGGUACGACCGCAAAGCGUCCCAAGAGCCGAUCACCACAGCGGUCGUCCAAGAGUGGGUCGCCGAAGCGGAAGCGGUCGUCGAAGAGCAGGUCGCCAGAGAGGUCAUCCAAGAGCAGAUCACCAAAGCAGAGGUCGCCUAAGAGGUCGACGAAGAAGCGGGUUGCACCUGCAUUACAGUUGAGGAUGAGCAAGUCACCAAGAAAUCGGGUGCCAAGGUCACCAAAAUCGCCAUCUUUACCAUCUCCCAAAUCACAGGUGCGAAAGGGGAAAGCGACGAGCGAUGCUCAUGCAGUAAGGAAUCGGAAGACGGCAAGAAAGUGGGAGGAGAAAGAUGAAGGCUUAGCGGAGGACGACAAGGGGGGGCAGGGGGGAGGACCCAGGCGCAGAACGCCGAGGAGAACGCGAUUUAAGCAUGAGGAGAAGCACAAGGAAGAGGGAAUGGGGGAGGGUGUGGUAGAUAAAUCCAAUGAGGAACAGGAUAUUGAUGCAGGAGAGCGAAAAUCCAUUGAAAGGAGACGGAAAGCACGUGCAAAACCGAGGAAGGGAAAACGGCUGCCUGCGGGAUCUAGCCCACGCCAGGACAGAGGAGAACAGGUUGAGCAGACAGGCAAAAGCAACGAAAAGCGCGGCAGACAACGGGAGGAGAGAGUAGACACUCAAUUGCAAGAAAAAGACGAAUCCAUACACGAACCUCAAGGCCAUGUUCACCUGGAAGCGCUGGAUGCAGCUAUCAUUUAUGAAGAUCACGACGGCUCACAGUUUUCAACUGUUUGUGGGUUGAUGAAGAACACGGAGGCAAACCCCGUUCAGCUGGUUAAGGGACUGUACGUGGAGGAGUCAGGAAAUGGCCGGUUUCACAGGAAUGAUGAUGGUGACAUGAAAUGGGAAGCACUGUUGACAACUGACACCGGCGAUGAUGGUGAUGGUGAUGGUGACGGUGAAGGUGAUGGUGAUAGUGAUGGUGAUGGUGAUGGAGGUAGUGAUGGUGAUGGUGAUGGUGAUGGUGAUGGUGAUGGUGAUGGUGAUGGUGAUGGUGAUGGUGGUUUCACUGCGAUGAUGGUGAUGAUGAUGCUGGUGGAGGUAGUGAUGGUGAUGCUGGUGGACGAUACUGGUGGAGGUAGUGAUGGUAAUGGUGAUGGUGAUGGUGAUGGUGAUGGUGAUGGUGAUGGUGAUGCUGGUGGAGGUAGUGAUGGUGAUGGUGACAGUGAAGGUGAUGGUGAUGGUGAUGGUGAUGGUGAUGGUGAUGGCGAUGGUGAUGGUGAUGGUGAUGGUGAUGAUGACGAGGACCAAUGUCAAGCAAUGAUGAGUGACAACAUGCGAUGACGGUGCAUGGUGAGGACAAUGGUGAGAACAAUGAUAAAGAAAAGGAUGAUGAUUGUGAUGCGAACCUUAGCGAUGAUGAUGAUGAUGAUGAUGAUGAUGAUGAUGAAUUUUCCAGAGUGGACAUGGGAGGUAAAAUGGGGCAUAUAUCUCGAUGGCAACAAUGGCGGUUGCAAGGACAGCGAGCAGGACAACCAGUAUCGCCCUAUCGAGAUAUGCCAGGCUCUCCUUCAUCUGGCAUGGUGAGUUUGAGCUGAUUCACACCUGUAUAUGUCGGAAAAAUAUUUACAAUCAGUUAAUGUGACGAGCGUUUCAUAAACAAAUCAGUUCCUGUCUC